AAUCACUUGCGUUUUGAGGAGGUUGUGCAUUUCAUGGAGAAGUGGAUUUUGCUGAAUCUUGAGCAGAGUUCUUAACAGUCUAGUCAUGGAAGAGAAUCGUGGGACUGUGGACCCUUUUGAAGCUAACAAGUCAGAGAUGGAGAAUAAAGAAGAACCGCGUGUUUUGGAUCCAGAAAAAAAGGGAGAUAAAAAAAGGGAGCCACAGAGAAGGAAAACUAAAUUAAGUCAGAUGAAGAAUAAAGCAUCUGCCUCUCUGGCCAGGGACCACCGUGAGCUUGCCAAUCCAGAAAAAAACAAUAAAGGAAAUGAAAAGAAUACCUUCCUUGAACGUCAGAAGAGUUUCCAUUCUGACUCAAACCUUAUAGCUCAUUGCACAAGCUACAUCAAGGAGCAGCCAUUUAAAUGUGAGAAGUGUGGAAGGAGUUUCAGUUUAAACACACACCUCAGUGCUCAUCGAAGAAUUCACACAGAAGAGAAACCCUAUAAAUGCUCCCAGUGCAGCAAAAGCUUCAGCGCAAUGACCAGCCUCGCCAGUCACCAGAGGAGCCACUCGGGGGAGAAACCCUAUAAAUGCUCUGAGUGUGGAAAGAGCUACAGUUCCAGCACAAGCAUGGCUUAUCAUCAAAGAACUCACCGCGGGGAGAAACCUUACAAAUGCCUGGAAUGUGGGAUUGGCUUCAGCUUGAGCACAAGCCUCAUUUCUCAUCAGAGGAUUCACACAGGGGAAAAGCCGUAUAAAUGCCUGGAGUGUGGGAAAAGCUUCCGUGUGAGCACAAGCCUCACUUCCCAUCAGAGAAUUCACACAGGGGAGAAACCCUAUAAGUGCUUAGAAUGUGGCAAAAGCUUCUGUGUAAGUACCAACCUAACUUACCAUCAGCGAACUCACACAGGGGAGAAACCCUAUAAAUGUUUAGAAUGUGGGAUUAGCUUCUGUUUGAGCACAAGCCUCACAUACCACGAAAGAAUUCACACAGGAGAGAAACCAUACAAAUGCCUGGAAUGCGAGAUGAGUUUCCGACGGAGUUCGGAUCUUAACACCCAUCAAAGGAUUCACACAGGGGAAAAACCAUACCAGUGCAUGGUGUGUGGAAAGAGCUUCCGUGUAAGUUCAAGCCUCACUUCCCAUCAAAGAACUCACACGGGAGAGAAGCCAUAUACCUGUUUGCAGUGCGGCAAGAGCUUCAGCAGAAGCACACACCUGAAUGCUCAUCAAAGAACCCACAGGGGAGCAACUGUGUGAAUACUUAGUCUGGGUUAAAUCCAAAAGCAAAUCUCAUUGAAUAAUUCACUCAGGAGACAUGAUCCCAGUGGUUAGAAUGUGGAACAAGAUUAAUUUGUAGUGAACCAAGUGGAACAUAUUAAUGUUCUGAAACUAAGAUAAGAAACCUAUUUCCUUUUGCUCUUCUUUGUCCAGAUGUCUUCGUACCUGGUCUUGUGUCUCCCCUGCUUUAAUUCUGCCAACCAUUCCAAAGACAAAUACUUGUAAAUGUUGAAACUGGGUUGAAACAUUGCAUAACUUUAGUGCUAAAUUGUUAUGACAAGUAACAAAUAAAAUCUUUAGUAUUGUCCAUUA